AGUAUAUACACGUUGGUGUGAAUCUGCACACCCCCGUGUGUCUGUACAUUUGCCUACACCCCCGGGUGUGUGUAUGUGUGUGUGCGUGUGUGUGUGUGUACACGUGUUAGAAGGCAGACACCCACAAAUGAGGACUGCAAAUCCAGUGGAGUUUCAGAGUGAAGUCAGAAGGCAGAGCAGACAGACACACACAACUGCAAGGAGCAGGCAGGGUCACCUACUCGGGUGUGGUUCGAAUCCCAUCAUGUACUUCCGUUUGUGCUUGGUUUUGGCCAUCAUCAUCGGGGUCUCAGAAGGUCAGAAGCGACGCCCCACAACGGAUGAAUGGGACUACAAAGAUGGAUCGGAUAAGGUCAGCAUGAAAGGAGUCGCCAAUCUGACUCAGGUCCUGGACAACUGGCGGUAUGACAUCCUCACCCAGAUGAAGAAUAUGCUUCAGAAUGACCACAAGUCUCUGCUGCCAGACUAUGCGAGGAUUGAACCUCUCUCCGAGGCCCUGAAUGAUCUCUACAAAGAGUUUAACGCUCUCAAGGAACGUCUGGGGGAGCUCAGUGAGAAGUUUACCCCAAUUGAGACCUUCAUAGAAGAGUCAAAGAAAACCCAAGUGCCUAAGAAGAAGACCAUCAUCCCUAAGAAGAAGACGACUGCCUGAGGACUUCUUCUCUCUGUUCUCUCUCUCUUGCUCUCCCUCUCUCUCCCUCUCUCUCUCUCUCUCUAGUUUAACCCCCCAAUAAAACCUAAGAUCCCACCACCAAUCAAGCAGAUCCAAGCUUCAGUACAAUUUGUGUUCAGAUGUUUUUAAGUCAAAGUACCUCAACAUCUAAAAGGCACUACAUGUCCGAACUCUUUGACUCGUACGGACGGACCUUCAGAAUGUGAACUUAUAUAUAAAAUGCUAAUGUCUGUCUGCCACCUGAUUACUUGUGAAAUACUGGAGCUAAAACCUUGGUUUUAAUCAAACGCUUAUGACCUGAUGUGUUCUGGAAUUACAAAAAAAAAAAAAAAAA